AUGACUACGAACCAGCCAGGCUACUUAGGACCGACCAGCUAUUCCGCAAUCCUUCCCAAAGAUGAGGCCAAUGCAAUUGUUCAUGAUGGAGAAGCAUCAAUAGCUUCUGACGGAUCUGAUUUUGAAAUGGCUCACCAGCAUCCUUUAACCAAGUCCAUGCGCAUGCAGAUGACUACAGAGGUGUUGAAAUGCCUGCGGCACUACCCGCUCAUACAAGAGGUCAUCAACGUCCUUCGACAGUUUGCACAGGCUUGUAUAGUACCGCUACCUCUGGAAGUAGAUCUCGUCAACGGCCUAGGACCCAUAGUUGACCGGUUCAAUCUCAUGCACUCUGUUCCAGAUCCUAGGCUCGUCGCCCGAGUCUUGGAUAACAGCAGUCGGCCACUAGAGAUACCUGAUGACAUGAAAGCUAGCGACUUCCACCAGAUCUGUUCUGGAGACAACAUCAGACUGGAGGUUCUUGGCUUUAUCCUCGCAAGCGCAGGCAGAUCAAUAUCCUACGGUCUUUGCUCGUACCGUUUCUCCGAUCCAGCAAAUCCAAACUCAAAGUCGCGAUUGAUCGAUGAGCUCCUCCGAGCAAGCACGACAUGCACAAUCCUUUGCACCGUUAUAAGCCCGGUUAACCACAUAUUCAUAUGGAUGCUUUACGAGAAUUACUCAUUUACCAUCAUGGUCAACGGGUUCUCCGGAGCCCCAUCAUGGCGACGCUUCGGAGAACUAGCAUCACAGCUUUAUGCUCUAGGCCUCCACCGAGAACCGACCAUACCCAAUGUCCCAACCUGGCUUCUCGAGACGCGCCGAAGAGCUUUUAGCACGUGUUUCCUGCAGGACAAAACGCUCUCCACAUUCCUUGGCCGGCCUCUGCGUCUAAGCAAACGACACACCGACAUGAAACCGCCUCUCGACCUCGACGACGAUGACAUCAUGGCCAGCGAAGAAACGCUCCACCGCGCAAUCGCCGCCCUCGACGAAAAUGGCUGGAACACCGAGCGGCGGUAUUUCCGCACAAGCUGGGUCCGCCUCCGUUCCAUCUCCGCCACGUACCGCGAGGAAAUCCUCGACGUAGCCCUCUCGAAACUAGACGAAAACGUAGAAAGACAGCUCCUCGACAUCUCUCGCCGCAUCCGAGAGUCGUGGGACAACUUUCCCGAACACCUCCGCUACUGGCCCAAUUGCUGGAACGAAAUCUCCUCACCCUACAUCUGCCUCAUGCUCGUAGUCGCGCACCAGACGCACUGGUACAACGAAUUCAUCAUCCGCAAGCUGCUGGACCAGGGCCAGACGCCAAUCACCUCCAACCUCGAGCUGCUCCGGGUGGCGACGUCGUUGCUGAGCACGACGCUGACGCUGGGCACCAUCCGAGACCGCCUCUACGACAUCCACAAGGAGUUCCUCAUCGAGGUCAUCCUCUGCGGAAUCCCGUCUGCCAGCGUUCUCGCCACCGCGCUGCAGGAACAACACCGCACGAACGCGGCCUUCCCGCCGUCCAUCUCCCGCGCGGAGACUAUCCGCAUGUUGUCGGUCCUGAUUUCGCAUCUCGAGGCUGCUGAGCACACGGACUCGUCGUCCGCGCGGCCGGGCGAGGCGAACUACAAUCUCUGCAAGAAGGCGUGCAAGGCGUUUACCAAGAUUGUAGACCGUGUGUUGGAACCAAGGGCGGCCGAGGAAAUCACGCCCAGCACGGCGGACGGGGAGCUCGAUUUGGAUCUGAAUCUGGAUCUGUUUUCAGCGCCGGGGCUGGAUGCGUUUGAGGGGAUGGAGUUUGCGGCGGGGGACGACGGGAGCAUUGAUUGGGGGGCCAUGACGCAGUGGACGCUGUGA